GGGACAUCCGGAGCUUGGGUGGUCGACAAGAUUUCUGGGGCGUUAUGCGGGUCGAUUAUCGCGGUAUUUGACGGGGAGCCAUGUGCUCUCAUGCUCACUGCCCAGACUCUUUUCUCUGAUAUCAGCAAAUACACAAGCUUGGCUGCCGAGCAGAUGACUCUCCCGGUCGUCGCCCCGCCGUUGGAGCAGAGCGUUCAAGCAACAACAGCUAGCGAAGCGCCAGAAACCCAUACCACCAGCCCGCGGGGAAAAGCCUCUCAGCCGCAUUGGGAGGAUUCCGUCACGAGUGACGACGACGACGACGAACAGAUCUAUUCGACCGACCCUGGGUCCUCCAUAUCCGAGGAUGCCGCGAGCCCCACCACCUCCAUCUCCUCCAGCAUCUUCGAUUAUCAAGUCAUCAACGGCCGUACAUACCAGGACGCAUAUGGCAAGUACUGGGCACCAAAUGAUGAGAGAGCCUGUGAAGCGCUCGAUCUGCUGCACCAUCUCUGUCUGGUUAUUCUUGAUGGCAAACUCCACCUAGCACCUUUGGAAAAGAAAAAGAUCCGCAAUGUCAUUGAUAUCGGAACAGGAACGGGUUUAUGGGCCAUAGAUUUCGCCGAUGAAUUCCCUGAGGCGGAAGUAAUCGGUAUUGAUAUCUCGCCGAUACAGCCAAGCUUGGUUCCACCAAACCUUUGGUUCGAGAUUGAUGAUUUUACACUGCCCUGGACCUUUCCCGAGGGCUCUGCUGAUUAUAUCCAUAUGCGGUUCUUGCGUGGAAGUGUGUCUGACUGGCACGCUCUCUAUGAGAAUGCCUUCAGGGCGACUAAACCUGGCGGUUGGAUUGAGACACACGAGGACGACCCUGCGCUCUAUACCCAGGAAGGACCGUUGGAGGGGGACGGCGCUCUAGCAGGGUGGGGGAAGAUAUUCCAGAACGGAAGCCAGAAACUUGGCCGGCGUUUUACGCCGAUUCCUUAUGAUCUGCAGGAAAAGGGUCUUCGGGCGGCUGGUUUCGUUGACAUUCAUUGUCACGUAAUUCAGGUACCCAUUUGGGAUUGGCCAAAGAAUAAAAAGCUCAAGAAAAUCGGCCUGGUGGCGAAGGCUAGCAUGUUAGUUGAUGUGGAGGGCCAGAUCAGCAUCAUGGCCGAUCUGUGUGGGUGGACGAGCGAGGAUAUUACUGCCUACUGUAAGAGGUUUCGUGUUGAGCUUGAGUCUAAGACGGCGCAUGCUUUUUACUACCAACGGGUUGUAUGGGGUCGGAAGCCUGAGGAAGGUGAAGCUUCUUUCUGA